GCGCAUGCGCCGAAGAGUUACUGCUGCGGUCACCUGCUGCUGUAGCUGCAGACACGACCUAUAGUCAGUGGUGGCCCUAAUCACCCUGCAAAAACUGCACUCCACCUGUCCAGGGGCAGGACAAGGACUGGCGUACACGGCAGAGUGCAUACUUUACGGAGUGUGGUGCUGAUGUGAUGUUGGAGGAUCAGGCUGUGGUGCAUGGAGCCUCCCAUGGCUGUUAGCACCAUGGACUCGGAGUCAGCCCGGACACCUCAGCCCCAGGCUGCCCUGACUAAAGGAGGCCACUCCCUGCUGCAUGCUGGGGCUUUAAGUGCCAUGCUGGGCCCUCAAGGGAAGCACUAUGUCUGUGGCUCCAUUGCAGCUUUUACCAAUAUCGUGGUGACCUUCCCUAUCCAGAAGGUGCUGUUCCGCCAGCAGCUGCAUGGUGUGUUGGCCACUGAGGCGGUGCGGCAGCUUCAAAGAGAUGGGCUGAGGAAUCUUUACCGGGGCCUGUUGCCGCCGCUGCUCCAGAAGAGCACUACAGUCGCCAUUAUGUUUGGCCUGUACGAGGACUUCUCCAGAGUCUUAUUGGACCUGGCUGAUAGCAGUGGUGUGCCGGAGUUGGUUACACGGAGCUUUGCUGCAGCAUUGGCAGGAACUGCAGAGGCCAUCCUGACGCCGUUUGAACGCGUGCAGACUCUCCUACAAGACCAUCGGCACCACGCCCGCUUCAACAACACGGCCCACACCUUCCGGACACUUCUGACUGAGUAUGGUGUCAGAGAGUGUUACCGUGGCCUUGUGCCUAUACUACUCCGCAAUGGCCCUAGCAAUGUGCUCUUUUUCGGGCUCCGGGGGCCCAUUAAGGAGCAGCUCCCAGAAGCCACUAGCCGGGCAGGUCACUUGGUGAAUGAUUUUGUGUGUGGAGGGGUGUUGGGCGCAGCCCUUGGCAUUAUGUUCUAUCCAUUAAAUGUGGUAAAGUCUCGUGCUCAGUCUCAGGUUGGCGGGGCCUUCCAGCCUUGUGGGAAGGUGCUGCUAACAGUGUGGAGAGAGAGGGGUGGCAGCUUGGCUAUGCUCUUCAGAGGGGCCCACCUCAACUACCACCGUUCACUCCUCUCCUGGGGGAUCAUCAAUGCCACCUACGAGCUGCUGCUGAAGCUCAUAUGAAGAGGGGGUGACAAAAAGAAAGAAAGAGAGAGAAAAUAUUUAAAGGGAAAAACCUGUAAGGAGUAAUAGAGCCAGUUUGUAGAGAAGAAGGGUAAUUGUAAAGUAAAGCCGAUGCACUUGCUGUCUGGCAUUGUUUGGAGUUUCCGUAACUGAAAGACAGCAAUGAAGUUGCACUUCUGACAGGGGCCAACAGUCAUUGUGAGAUAACCACCUGCCAUUGUGACUAUUUACUGUUGUCAGAGUAUUAAAAACUAAACACACGCUUUAGCCUAUACAAAACUUGUGCCAGGGUCCAAUUCAAAUGCCCUUGUUUGCUCUGUGUACAAAAAUUUUGUGGAGCGAACUCCAGCGCUUUUUUUCACAGUUUCAAGCAAAGCUUACUUGACUGGAUAAACUGUUUUAUAGGAGAAGCUGUUUCUUUCUAUGUGCUGUGUGCUGUGCUGUUUUGUAGACAAUAUCCAUCUGUUUUUGUUUUUUUUGACCUAGAGCACUUUGUCUGUGAAGCUGAAUUUCUGCCAUUUAACUCAAACACUUUUGUGCUUUGACCAUUGAAAUACCCCAAGAAUUACUGUCAAAAAGAAUGUAAUAAACUGUGUGAGCGUUGGCCCUUUUAUUUCUCGUUAUACUCACUCUCCACCAAUUCAGAGUACAUGUCGAGGAUAUCAGGAGGCUAAGAAAUUGCUAAAAUGAGUAUUGGAGAUGUACAUAUUCUUGGACAUACUGUCCAGCAGACACAGGCUAUUUUAAAACCAUUUCAACUUUCACACAUAAUUCAUCUAUGUGAACUGCAGAGUCAAGUAUUGUUUGUCUUGAUUUAUUUUCUGAAGUGCUAGUGGCAGGUUGUGUCUGUUAUUUGAGUGUUGACAAGUGCCCAUUGAUGUAUAUGUCAGUAAAACAUACAGUUACACCCAUAUCUUGUCUGUUUUUAUAAUUUAUUGAAAGAGAGAAAAAUAAUAUAAAACCUUCACUAUUCUAUUGUAACAAAAUUGGACAGAAAAUGUUUUCCCUUUAUUUUUGACAAAACCUUUGCAGCUUCUGAAAAAAACCUAUGGCAUUGAGAGCUAUGAUGAAAUUCAUUUGACUAUGCACUGUUGCUGCAUUUGCUCAUUUUUGGGCCAUUGUUCAUUUAUUGUGCUCCCUGAUGUUUGUUUCGUUUUUAUAAACUUAAAUGUCACUUCUUUUUUUUUCAUGAAUCUCUCACUCUUUUAUAUUUUCUCCUCACGCUUGUUCUCCUCUCUGUCAGUAACAUCUGUUGACAUAAUGGGCUCAGAUUUUAAGCUUGAGUAGCUGCAGUCACCACGCGGCAGCUCUCGCUGGAUACAACGGCCCAAAGAGGAAAGGCAUGCUGCUUGGACACUGAAAGAGAGACUGAACUAUAAUGGUGCUGAGAGAAGACAGAGGCAGAGGGUAAUGUUCAGUGGCACAAAAAGCUCAAGCUGCUAUGAAAAUGGUUCACUUGGCCUAUUUCUUAAGUGUUUUUUUUUUUGGUUUUUUUUUUGUCCACACUACUGUGUUUCAGUACAUCUUUUUAGGAUUUUCCAGGGUUUCCUCUUUGAAAGUACAACUUUGUAUUGUUAGGUUUUGAAAGCAGGACAUCCUCGCUGAUACUAAAUAACGCUGUUUAUAAUUACCACUUCUCGUGAAGCACAGGUCACCCAAUCACUAUAAAAAUGUCAAAUUAAUAUUAGCAGUCGAAUUAAAUGUUUAAAAUCAAUCCAAUAAAAAUGUUAACAGGUUUGGCUUCAUUCACCGAAAACGGUGACAAAUGUUUCAUUUGAGUAACAGACGCAUGUACAUUAUGAAAGUUAAUGGCUUCUGUGUGUUGUGACCUGUGUGUGCCGGUCCUCACCAUGACUCUUACUUCACAAUACCAUGUCUCAUUUAUCCUGCCUAUUCUUGCCCAAAUAUGCACUGUAAUCCCUUCUUUGUAAUCAGUCACACAAACAGCAUCACCAUUACAAUGAUGUAUUGUAGUCAAGCUGAACAGUGAACAAACACACAAGUAUUUUGUGUAGUUUAACAACUCAAUCUGCUGUUUUACUAUGUAUUUAAUCGUAGAAGUGGCUCUCGCAGCAGCACUGCACUGUCGGACCAUGUUAUGUACAUGUGCGACGGUGCAUAGUGCGACUUUCUAGAUUACUGUGUCAUGAAGUCAGACUGCAGAUAAUGAUCAGAUUAAGGGCAAUCUGACAUGGGUACUUUGGAUCAGGGCGGGUUGAGCUGCUGUAGUUACAAAGCCUCUCAGCUCUCGCUGCUUCUUUCCACCCUAAAAAAAUGUGUCUUUCUGAUGAUCAUCUUUGGUUAAAUCUUAAAUUUUUACAUUCAAAUUCAUUAUUUAAGAAUGUAUUUUAAUAAUAGGAGUGGAAAUGUUGCUCUAACUCAGCUGGCUCUGUAAAUAAUUUAGAGACGUUCCCUGUACCAAAAGAGAGAGAGAAAAGAGAAAGCAGGCCGCAGCAAUCCAUGCACAGAUAAACACUGCCUUGAUGUGAAUGCUCAUUAACUAAUUAGUGGUGGAAAGAUCGUACAAAUAGUGAGGCAAUUGAGACUGCUUAGAUAUAUCUUCAGGUCUUCUUUCUGUGUGCUGUUGUUACAUAUAAGAGCUUAUAUGAAACUGUAUGUUUGUACAUUAAAUUAAUGUGACACAAUACAAGGAGACAAAACGCAAACACUUGGAUCUCCAACAUUA